CUGCCGGCGGAUGUUCUCCACGCGCAGCCACCAAUAGAACGGGUGUGUGAGGACCGGGAUGGCCGCCUGUGUGCCCGCUGACGCGCUGGGCAGGAGAGUGCUGUGUGGCACGGAGUACGGCACCGUGCGCUACGUCGGCAGCGUCCCGCCUCAUGCAGGAAUUUGGCUUGGAGUGGAAUGGGAUGAUCCUCAGAGAGGAAAACAUGAUGGUACCUAUGAAGGAACGCAGUAUUUUAAAUGCAGGCAUCCCAGAGGAGGGUCAUUUAUCCGCCCAAACAAAGCAAAUUUCGGAGUAGAUUUUCUUACUGCAGUAAAGGGCCGGUAUGGAUUGAAUGAAAAACAAGAUGCUCAAAAUGGAAUAGAGAAUACGUGUGUAUUUGGAAAGAAGACCGUGGAAUUUGUUGGCAGAGAUUCUAUUGAAAAAAAACAAAGCCAGCUGCACCGACUGGUACAUAUCUCAGUGCAUGAAUGCACAGUGAGCCACGCGGGCCAGAAAGAGGAAAUCAGUGGAACGUGUGCUAAUAUCAGACAUAUAGAUCUAUCAAAAAAUCUGGUGGCAUACUGGGAUACAGUAAUAGAUAUUGCUUCUCAAGUUCCGAAUCUGGAAACACUUGAUAUCAGUGGAAACAAAAUGAAAUUUCCAUCUACAUCAAUUUCUAAAUCUAGUGCAUUUUCAAAGCUGACAACACUGGCACUUAAUCAGACUGAGAUAACAUGGACAGAGGUUCUUCUUUGUGCUCCAGGAUGGCCAGUACUUGAAGAAUUAUACCUUACUUCAAAUAAUAUUACAGUUUUGGAAAGGCCUGAUAAUGUCCUGCAGACCCUGAAACUGUUAGACCUUUCAAACAACCAGCUCCUGGAUGGAAGUCAGCUGCACCUGAUAGGACAUCUCCCCAGAUUAGAACAAUUAAUACUUACCAACAAUGGAAUACCUUCUGUACACUUUCCCGAUGCUGACUUUGGAUGCAAGACUAAAAUGUUUCCUUCCUUAAAACGCCUUGCAAUAAAUGACAAUAAAAUCUCACAGUGGUCGUCGAUCAAUGAGCUUGAGAAACUGCCAAGUUUGCAGGUACUGGAGUGUCGCAAUAACCCUCUAAUGGACACAGAGAAGAAUCCAGAGACCCUGAGACAGCUAAUUAUUGCCAAGAUAAGUCAAUUGGAGGUUUUGAACAAGUCUGAGAUUUUUCCUGAUGAGAGAAGAGGAGCAGAGCUUGAUUAUCGCAAAAUAUUUGGGAAGGACUGGCUAGCAGCUGGAGGGCACUGGGAUCCAGUGAGAAACAAACCCAGUGAAGAAUUUCUUGCUGCCCAUCCCAGAUAUCCAUCUCUUUGCCUUAAAUAUGGUGCACCUGAAGAAGGAGAACUGAAGGGACAACAGCCUUUAACUCUGAAAAAUCAACUUUUGACUUUGACAAUUAAAUGUCCUGACAACCCUGAGCAGAAGCCUGUAGAGAAAAAGCUACCAGAGUCCAUGACUAUUCAAAGGGUCAAAGGAUUGCUCUAUCGCCUACUUAGAAUUCCUGGCUCGGAACUGAAACUGUCCUACGAAAGUUCUAAACUGAAAGGAAAAGAAGUUGAACUUGACAACGACUUAAAGCCUUUGCAGUUUUACUCAAUAGAAAAUGGAGACUCUGUGUUAGUACGGUGGUAAGAAGAGACACCCUUGGCAGACUGAAGGAAAAGCCAACACUGGAACUGCAGAAGCGUCAUGGACUGUCUGCAGACACCGUGUACCACCUGUGCCUGAACACGUCUGGGAGAACGUGGUACCAGAGGCCUCAGUGGUAAUACUGCCAGCUCCUAAGCGUAGUCGUGGUCUCCAUGAAAGCCUUUACUUUUGAUUGGAGUGUCUUAUAUAAGAGAUACCAAAUAAAUAGCGCUUAAAUUCCUCAAUUAAAUAAAUCUCCAGGUAACCCUUUUGCCAGUACUUUAUACUACCUUU